AUGGAGUGGUUAACGAGCGCCGAGGGCCUGAAUGCCCGUCAGGAGCUGGAGGUGUCUGUUCGUGAGCACCACCCUAACUUGCGUGAUGAGGAGGUCGACCUCAUUGUGGACGGUCGUCUACUACGCAUGGUUUGGGAGCGCGCGGCGGAGCAAGCACCUUCGAGCGGCCAGCAAGGAGGAAGUGGUGUAGGAGGAGCUGUGCACGAAGCUCCAACUGCCGUGGGCAUUGGCGGAGGAGCUGUUGCACUGAACGUUGACCGCUCUCACUCGCUCACUCACGCGCUCUCUCACGCGCUCUCUUAUGCGCUCUCUCACGCGCGCUCUCACGCGCUCCCUCACGUGCACUCUCAUGUGCACACUCACGUGCACUCUCAUGUCCUCUCUCCUGCACUCUCUAACGCACUCUCGGACACGCUCUCUCAUGCUCUCUCAAGUGCUCUCUCAAGCGCACUCUCACGCGCUCCCUCACGCGCACUCUCUCGCGCAUUCUCUCUAUCACGCACUCUCUCACGCGCUCUCUCGCGCACUCUCUCACACGCUCUCUCGUGCACUCUCUCACGCGCUCUCUCGCUCGCACUCUCACUCGCCCUCUCACGCGCUCUCCCACGCGCACUCUCACGCGCACUCUCAUGCGCUCUCUCACAUGCUCUCUCACGCAAUCUCUCAUGCGCUCUCUCACAUGCUCUCUCAUGUAAUCUCUCAUGCGCUCUCUCACGGGCUCUCACGCAUUCCGUCGCACUCCCUCUUGCGCACUCUCUUGCGCAUUCUCUCUCUCACGCGCUCUCUCAUGCACACUCUCUCGCACACUCUCACGCGCUCUUUGAUGCAAUCUCUCACGCGCUCCUUCACAGCUCUCUCACGCACUCUCUCACACAUUCUCUCACGCGCUCUCUGACACGCGCUCCCUCACGUGCUCUCUCACGCACUCUCUCAUGCACUCUCUCACGCGCUCUCUCACGCGCUCUCUCACGGACUCUCACGCACUCCCUCACGUGCUCUCUCUCGCGCACUCUCUUGCGCAUUCCCUCUGUCACGCGCUCUUUCUCGCGCACUCCCACGCGCUCUCUCAUGCGCUCGCUGACGCGCUCUCUCUCGUGCACUCUCACGCGCACUCGCUUCUCUCACGCGCUCCCUCACGCGCUCUCUCACGCGCACUCUCACGCGCUCUCUCACGCGCUCGCGCUCUCUCACUCGCACUCUCACGCGCACUCUCACGCGCACUCUCACGCGCACUCUCACACGCUCUCACACUCUCCCUCACGCGCUCUCUCACGCGCUCUCUCACGCACUCUCUCACGCGCUCUCGCACGCGCUCUCGCGUGCGCACUCUCACGCGCUCCCGUGCACACGCUCCCCCUCGCGCUCCUCUUCUUUACGCGCUCCUCUUCUUUAAAUAGAAGUGCAAUGCAAGAGGAGACGAAUUGA